CAACCCCCUGGACUUUCCAGCAACCCACCAGACUCCAGACUCACUCACCGCCACGAUGAACUUCCUUCUCGUUCUCUUCCUCGGCCUCCUGCAGAUUGUGUCCGCGGCCCGGUCCGGCACCUACCAUGCAGGUUGGUCACCCACCAACGAAUGGGUCGAGACCGACGCAAACUUUGCCAGCGAGACCGGCAUUGACAGGUACCUCUACACGAGCGGCGGCUGGCCUUACGAGUACACCAUCACCAUCCACGUGAACGAGGUCCAGGGCACCUUCGGUAGUACCUACGUCUUCUACGAGACGACGGACGAGUACCGCCUGACGGUCUGGACAAGGGGCGACCACAGCGUGAGCUUCAACACCAACGACGACUACAUCCUGCAGGUCAAGGUCAUCGAGGGCUGGCACACAUGA